AUGAAAAGUUUGGCCAAACUUCGAAGCAACACAGAGCAACUACUGACAUCUUUAUCAGACACUCUCCCAUCCCUGGCCCAGAGUAACCAGCACAGGAUCCCAGAAACUAGUGUUGGGAAUCUUUUACUGGAGGAUAAACAGGACUGUUCAAAGACUGGUACAGAAUGUAAGAAUGGAGAACAAAGCUGGAAUGCAAGACCCAAACACAUACCUGAGGGCAAAGAGUCAAACUCGUUGACAGCACUCAGUGAUGUCUCCUUGCAUGCUGACACACCUACAACUCCCAUCUCUAUUGAUGAUCUCUCUCUGGUCUCACCCAGCAUCAGCAUCUGUAAUCAGCCUCUCUCCACUGGUCGGCCAUCCACAACUCCCCAGCUCUCUGUCAAGGCCCUUAAGAGAUGGUUGAGCAGCCCAGUUCGAAAGCUGAGUCUGGGAGGAAGUGGCAAGAGCAAAAAUGUUUCUCAGAGCCUAGAAGGGACAGCCGACAUGUUCCUCCCUCUUUUAUCUACUCAAUGCUCAAUGAGUCCAGCCGUGAAGUCCAAAAAGCUGCCUCGCUCCAACAGAUCUCUGGACUGUAGUGAACUUUCUGGACCAACAUCUCCUGACAGUCCCUAUUACACCAGUUACCUGAAUGGUCUACUGCAGAGCCAUCACUCUUAUAAUAUUCUUCCUGGGAAGAGUGGCUCCUUUGUGACUGAUGAAGCAAAUGUCCAAUCACAGGACCAAGAAGAAAAUGAAGAAGAGAGGAAAGCUGCCUUGGAGAAAAGCAUCUAUGUGCUGACAGAGCUGGUAGAGACGGAGAAGCUCUAUGUGGAGGAUCUGAGGCUGGUAGUUGAGGGUUAUAUGGCCACAAUGAACAGUGUUGGCGUUCCUGAAUAUUUGGAGGGGAAGGAUAAAAUUGUAUUCGGGAAUAUUCAUCAGAUUUAUGACUGGCACAAAGACUUCUUCCUUGGUGAGUUGGAAAAAUGUGUGACUGAACCUGACCUGUUGGCACAACUCUUUAUCAAACAUGAACGGCGGCUCAACAUGUAUGUGGUCUACUGUCAGAACAUGCCAAAGUCAGAGCACAUCGUUUCAGAGUACACUGAGACCUAUUUUGAGGAACUGAGACAACAGCUGGGUCACAGACUGCAGUUAAAUGACCUGCUUAUCAAACCAGUCCAAAGAAUAAUGAAAUACCAGCUGCUGCUAAAGGACUUCUUGAAGUACUACACUAAAGCAGGCAGACAAACAGAAGAGAUUCGGAGGGCAGUGGAGGUGAUGUGUUUUGUUCCGAAGCAAUGUAAUGACAUGAUGAAUGUUGGAAGACUACAGGGAUUUGAGGGCCAGUUGAGGGCACAAGGGAAACUACUGCAGCAGGAAACCUUCACCUUCAUUGAGAAUGAGAACAGCAUCCUCUCCCGUCCCAAAGAGAGACGGGUCUUCCUCUUUGAGCAGCUUGUCAUCCUCAGUGAGCCAAUCGACCGCAAGAAAGGCUUUUCCCUGCAAGGAUACAUCUAUAAAAACAGCAUCAAGGCCCGUUGUUUGGGCAUUGAGGAUCGUUGCCCUGACAACCCAUGUCGGAUGGUAUUGACAUCUCGAAAUGUUGAUGGAAGCAUGCACCGGUUUGUGCUUCAUGCAUCAUCACCAGAAAUCAGACAAUCCUGGGCAAAUUACAUCAUACAGAUUCUGGAGACACAGUGGAACUUCUUAAAUGCCCUGCAGUCUCCUAUUGAAUACCAGAGGCAAGAAAUUAAAUCCCUUAGUCUUGGAAAGAACAUGACAACAUCACCUUCGCUGAACUCUAGCCUACGACCCAAUAACUCUGCCUCCAUAGACCGACAGCGUCUCCCCUGCAUGCGCUCCUUGAAUUCUGCAAACCCCUCUGUACCUCACUGA